CAACAUGAUCUUAGUUAAAUUGAUGACGGGAUCUUCUAAGUUAUAGCAAUGAUUGUCUCUUUCAUAAUAUUGAGAUUAAGAUAAGUACUAGUAUUAUUUUUGGAGAAGAACACAACACAAGUGGCACUCUGUAAUCCAUCCAUCGACAGAGUUUCUGUGAAGACAACAAUAGCAACGAGAAUGGGAUCGUCGUUGUUGUGUACCUUCAACUUAACAACAACAACAAUACCCACGUUUGUAAACACCACUUUUCCAUUGUCUGUGUCUGUGAAGAAGAAAACAAGAGCGAGUUGCAGUGGCAGAACCGAUGAUGAUCCUCUGUCCACUUCCUCGGCUUACUCCGUCCUCGGAAUCCAACCCGACUCCUCCGCCGCCGAUAUUAAAGCCGCUUUUCGAGCUAAAGUGAAGCAGUUUCACCCAGACCUCAACAGACAUGAAAAUUCUGAUGCUAUCAUUCGCCGUGUGAUUCAAGCAUAUCAGAUACUAUCCAACUACACUUCAUCACAAAUAAUUGAAAGUGAAUGCUUAGAUCCAUUUGACAGGCCAGAGUGUGACGCUUUUGAUCUAUUUGUUAACGAGCUUCUUUGCGUCGGCAAAGCUUGUUCAAGUUCCUGUGUGAAAAGAGCCCCUCAUGCUUUCACAUUUGUCUCUUCAACUGGAACAGCACGUGCCUUUUCGCAAGGUCAAGGAGAAGAUUACCAAGUUCAGUGUGCUGUUGGACAAUGCCCUAGAAAUUGCAUUCAUUAUGUAACCCCGUCGCAGAGAAUUCUUUUGGAGGAGAUACUUCACAGUAUAAUAGAUGCACCGUAUGAUACAUCAGCUGAGGCAGACUUGCUCUAUUCACUUAUAACCAAAGCUAAGUUUGAGAAUAACCGAUACCAAAAGCCUAAGAAGAAAACCAAAACUUCAAGCCAGCAUGUCGGUUGGUUUUAACGUGCCCGUGUUUCACUCCCUAACCAAUAGUCAAUAGAUAGCACUGAGAUUGAUGACACAAUCAUGGUUCUCAAUGCUACCAGUAAAUUUUUUACCAGGUUCUUAUAGGAGCCUUAUACCUCAAUUUUCUGAAACAUGUAAUCUACUUACUAUUUGGCACGUCUGGGUUAUGUAACAAAGUAGCACUUUUAAUGUACACAAAUUUGAGUAUAUGAAGAUUGAGGAAUGAAGGACAGUCCAACAGUGGAACUGUUUUAAAACA